GAGAGAGAGAGAGGUGUUCCUUCUCUGCAGUUUGCUGUUUGUUAUACCGUGAAGCUGGAUAGAGAGAGAAAGCGAGCGAGAGAGCGCUGGAUUCUGUACCGGGCAUAUCUCUUUUUUUUCCUUUCGCUGUUUCCCCUUUUGUUUUUUUGACUUAUUGUUCUUCUUUCUUCUUGUUUUAUUUCUUUUUCAAUCGUUUUCAUCUUUCCCAUUUUUUUUCCGUUUACCAUCAACGCUAGCACAAUUGGAUCCCUUAUUGGAUUGGUCUGACUAGCAAAGAGGCUUGGAUGAACUGCUUUGGUAAAAACUGGACAUGGAAUUCCUGAUACUCUGCCUUUCCUCUUGGAUAUUGCAUUGUUCAGUGCGAGGGGACUCCAUCAUUCAUAUCGGCGCCAUCUUUGAGGAAAGCGCGGCCCGGGAUGAUGAGGUGUUCCAGUUGGCCAUAUCAGACCUUAGUCUCAAUGACGACAUUUUACAGAGUGAAAAAAUCACGUACUCCAUAAAAUUCAUUGAGGCCAACAACCCGUUCCAGGCGGUGCAGGAAGCCUGUGACCUGAUGACCCAGGGCAUCCUGGCGCUGGUGACGUCCACAGGAUGUGCAUCGGCGAGCGCGCUCCAGUCCUUGACGGACGCCAUGCACAUCCCACACCUGUACGUCCAGAGGAACAACGUGGGGUCCCCACGCACCGCCUGCCAACUCAACCCCAGCCCUGACGGGGAGAGGUACACACUAGCGGCCCGGCCCCCAGUGCGGCUCAACGACGUCAUGCUGAAACUGGUCACCGAGCUCCGCUGGCAGAAAUUCAUUGUAUUCUACGACAGCGAGUACGAUAUCCGGGGGCUGCAGAGCUUUCUGGACCAGGCUUCCCGACUGGGUCUGGACGUGUCUCUGCAGCGAGUGGACCGGAAUAUCAGCCGCGUCUUCGCCAACCUUUUCACUACCAUGAGGACCGAGGAGCUCAAUCGCUACCGGGACACUCUGCGCCGUGCCAUACUACUUCUCAGCCCCAAGGGGGCGCAAACCUUCAUCCAUGAGGCCGUCGAGACCAAUCUAGCUUCUAAGGACAGCCACUGGGUUUUCGUAAAUGAGGAGAUCAGCGAUGCAGAGAUCCUGGAGCUUGUGCACAGUGCUCUGGGCCGCAUGACCGUCAUUCGACAGAUCUUCCCCAUGUGGAAGGACAGCAACAUCCGCUGCAUGAGGAACAACCACCGCAUCUCCUCCCUGCUCUGCGACCCCCAAGAGGGGUACCUGCAGUCUCUGCAGGUGUCCAACCUGUACCUGUACGACAGCGUGCUGAUGCUGGCCAACGCGUUUCACAGGAAGCUGGAGGACAGGAAGUGGCACAGCAUGGCCAGUCUGAACUGCAUACGCAAAUCCACCAAGCCCUGGAACGGAGGCUGGUCCAUGCUGGAGACCAUACAGAAGGGCCGGAUAAGCGGGCUCACUGGAGUGGUGGAUUUCCAGGAUGACGGUUACAAUACUCACGUGCAGUUUGAGAUCCUUGGAACAAGCUACAGCGAGACCUUCGGCAAGGACGUGCGGAGGCUGGCGACGUGGGACUCCACCCGGGGACUGAACGGGAGCCUCCAGGAGCGACGGCUUGAGAGUGACAUGCAGGGAGUGACCCUGAAAGUGGUGACUGUGCUGGAGGAGCCCUUUGUGAUGGUAGCUGAGAACAUCCUGGGGCAACCCAAACGCUACAAAGGGUUUUCUAUGGACGUGCUGGAUGCUCUGGCCAAAAACCUGGGCUUCAAGUACGAGAUCUACCAAGUGUUGGACAGCAAGUACGGGCAAAAGCUUCACAACGGCUCUUGGAACGGCAUGAUUGGAGAACUCAUUAACAAGCAUGCAGACCUGGCCAUCUCCGCCAUCACAAUCACGCCCGAGAGGGAGAGCGUGGUGGACUUCAGCAAGCGCUACAUGGACUACUCUGUAGGGAUCCUGAUCCGCAAGCCCGAGGAGAAGAUCAACAUCUUCUCGCUGUUUGCGCCUUUUGACCUGGCCGUAUGGGCGUGCAUCGCCGCUGCGAUCCCAGUGGUAGGCGUGCUGAUCUUCGUGCUGAACCAUAUGCAGUCAGUGCAAGCACAGACCCCCCCCACCCACCAGCAGCAACCCCCAGCGCCCUCUGCCUUCACCUCCCUCCACAGCGCCAUCUGGAUCGUCUACGGAGCCUUCGUCCAGCAAGGUGGCGAGUCUACAGUGAGUUCGGUAGCGCUGCGGAUUGUGAUGGGUAGCUGGUGGCUUUUCACACUGAUCGUAUGCUCUUCAUACACAGCAAACCUAGCCGCCUAUCUCACCGUGUCUCGGAUGGACAACACCAUAAGAUCCUUCCAGGACCUGGCCAGGCAGGCUGACCUGUCGUACGGCACGGUGAGAGACUCAGCGGUGUACGACUACUUUAGAGCCAAGGGCACGAACUCGCUGGAGCAGGACAGCACCUUCUCAGAGCUCUGGAGGACCAUCAGCAAGAACAACGGGGCUGACAACUCGGUGUCCGGCCCGUCCGAGGGUAUUAGAAAGGCGAAAAAGUCAAGCUAUGCGUUCCUGUGGGACAUGGCGGUGGUGGAAUAUGCAGCCCUGACGGAUGACGACUGCUCGUUGACGGUGCUCAGGAACAGCAUCAGCAGCAAAGGUUACGGCAUUGCCCUGCAGCACGGCAGCCCCUAUAGAGACCUCUUCUCACAGAGGAUCCUGGAGCUGCAAGAUAACGGAGACCUGGACAUCUUUAAACAGAAGUGGUGGCCAAGGAUGGGCCGCUGCGACCUGGACAGCCAUGGCAACCCACAGCCAGACGGGCGAGCUCUCAAGCUCCACAGCUUUGCAGGGGUCUUCUGCAUCCUGGCGGCCGGCCUGCUGCUCGCCUGCCUGGUUGCCGGCCUCGAGAUGUGGUGGAACAGCAACCGCUGUCGACAAGAGCAGCCUAAAGAGGACAAAGAGGUGAACCUGGAGCAGGUGCACAGGCGUAUGAACAGCCUUAUGGACGAGGACAUGGCUCACAAGGAGAUUCCCACCCCGUCUAUCGAGAUCUCUGCUCUGGACAUCGGCACCAUGCAGCCCAGCCAGACCAUGGAGCCUGUGCGGGACUAUCAGAGCACGGGGCUGUCUGUGAGCACCUUUCUGCCGGAGCAGGGCCACGGGGCGGGCAGGACGCUAACACAGGGCCCUGGCAGCAGUCUGCCCCUGCCACUCAGCGGCUCAUCCACCAUGCCAUCCAUCCAGUGCAAACACAGAUCCCCCAACGGGGGGCUAUUCCGCCAGAGCCCCGUCAAGACUCCCAUGCCAAUGUCAUACCAGUCAGUGUCCGGAAGACCAAUCCCAGAAGCCAUUGAGCCCACCCACGGGACAUCCAUCUGAUCUGGUCUGGGGAAUAAAAAAUAAUAAAAAAAAAUAUAUAUAUAUAUAUAUAUAUAUAUAUAUAUAUAUAUAUAAACAUAUUAAAAAUAAAUAAAUAAAAAAACAGAUUUUUAAUACAAGUUUAAAAUUUAAAACACAAAUAAGAAAAAAAAACUAGAAUUUUUUUCUUGUACAUAUUUGUAAAUACUGAAAGAAUGAAGUGAGGUAAAAAUUGUAUUUUGAAUAUUCUCAAUUUUUGGAAGUUGAGCUAAAACAAACAAACAAACAAACAAACAAACAAACAAACAAAAAAACUAGUGUACGAAUGGCUUUGUAAAUUUUGUUCUAUAUGAAUAAAGACGCAAAUUCCUUGUGA